AUGACACUUAGCUGGUUUGUCAACACCUACGGCGUGACGCAGUGGUUCCACGCGAUGGCUCUGCCUCAGCUCUCUCCUAAGCCUGGCCACAUCCCGAUCUGCCCACUUCCUUCUUGGUUUCUUCGUCCUGUCGGUACGACUCACGAUAAGGAGGCUAUCGAGGAAGACGAUGGCGCCGGCGAUACCAUCGAUAUGCGCCAACUUCCAGACACCAUCGCCACUGUCGGCCACCUCUACUUCAACCCUGCCUCGCGCAACGGCAAUGCGGCUCUCACCGCUGACCUAAGUAGGAACGGUGCCGUUGCCGUCCGCCUGUACACUAUAGCCUGUGACAACAACAGCCGCCGCUUCCCUAUGACCUCCCACUUCAAGGACCGAGAACAGUUCGAGGGCGUUGAGAUCCUGGACUGGCGCAUCGUCAACUUCGACAACCGCUUCAAGCCCCCUGGUGCCAGCCUACCCUAA